GGGCGGCGUAUAAAUCCCCUUCCCCGGCGUAUCCCCCCCCACCGCGGGAGACCCUGGUACUUUGGCCCUUCGGGCGGGAGCCCGCCGCCUCCGCGCCGUUGGGACUUCGCGCUCCCGCCGCUCACCGCCUUCCUCCCGCCACCCCUCCCCGCGGGGCUCCCCUCGCACCGUCCCCACCGGCCUCUUCCCUUCGCUACCCGGGCCAAGGAUGUCGGAAAAACGCGUGGAGGAGGCGCCGGCGGAACUGAGCGCUAAGGAAAUGAAAGAAAAGAAGGAAAAACUUGAGGAGAAAACAGUCCACAAAGAAAAGAAGAAGGAGAUCGUAGAGGAUGAGGAAAAUGGAGCUGAAGAGGAUGAGGAAGAGAGUCCUGAUGAUGUGGAUGAAGAAGCUGGUGAUGAGGAUGAAGGAGAUGAGAAUGGGCGAGAGCAGGAUGGUCUUGCAGAAAAGCGAUCUGCAGAGGAGGAAGAGGAUGAAGUGGAUCCAAAGAGACAGAAGACAGAAAAUGGGUCUUCAGCUUGAGUCCUCCCCUCCCAUCUCUGUUCCGUCCAUCUCUUCUCCUCCUCCAUUCCAGCCUGUGCUUGCACUGUCCGUUAGCCUCUGGCUUCACACAAUCUCAGAUGAGGAAAGUUUAGAAAUGCGCUCAAACAGGGAAGACAGCAGUUUCCUUCUCACCCAAAGACCUAGCCCAUCUGUGACAUUCCCCAGCUGAAAUUAUUUCAGUCCCCCAAAUCCCUCCAGCUGUGCCCCACUUAAAAAUGAUCCUCUUCCUUCAAGAACCUCAUCGUUGCCUGGGGGCCCAGUAUGUAACCUUGCCAGGCCUGUAUGCCAGGCUGCUCAUGUGGCAAGCGCCUCUCCUUCCCUUUUCACUUGCCCUCCUCUUUUUGGUCACUAAUAUGACAGGUUCUUGACGGCUUCUGCUCCCCAGACCUGCUGUCAUAUCCGUCCUGAGCCCGGGAGGCUGCAGGCACAGAUCUCAUGGUGCGUUUUCCAGUCCUAGGCCUCUUCUCAUCUGUUUUCCCACUGAACCCUGAGAGACAAAAAAUAUUACAAGUGAAUAAUGGUUCUAUUAAACUACACAUGGAGACAGAAUUUAUUUUAAGCUUUUUUCAAGUUUACACGACAUCAAGCUGGCCCUCGUGAAUGUUUCGGAAGAUAAGCAUUGGUUUUAUAUAUGAAUUUCAUCUGAACUGUGUAAUUUUUUAAUUUGGAGGCUUUUUUAAAACGAUUCAAGAAACAGUUGGGGACCAAAGUUUGAUUUCCAUUUUUUCCCUUCAGAUUUUCUUGUGACCAUUUUUUGUAAAUUAAAGGCAAUAUAGCCACAGCAUUUUCUAUGGCACAGACAUCACGAGGAUGAUAGAUAUAAAUAUAUAUAUUGUUUUCAACUAGCACUGUAAAUAAAAGCAUUUAAAAAUA